ACAUUCAUAUUGGACUUCUGGCUUACCAUAGCUUGGUACGACACAAGAUUGAGGUUUCCGAGUAACAGUGCUCGAGAUGUUCGUUUGCUCGACAAGAACUGGUUUGAUGAAAUUUGGAAACCUGAUGUCAUCAUAAGAAACGCAAGAGAAGUUGACGUGCUCGACGAAAUUGUUCCAAACCAAGCACAGAAAAUGCUUCGAGAUCAAGUG